AUAAUUCAGUCGUAGCAGCUUAUAGACAGUGUGACUAUUAUUUAGAAGUAGUUCUUCCGGGACAACAAUAAACCACAUAUUUCAACCAGUGAUAAUGAGUACUCCAACUAAUGAUAAGUCAGCCACGGAACAGCAGGUCCCGACUGUCGAUGAUAAACAGAACACAUCAGUUUCGGAGGAAAAGGCACCAGCGACAGAGUCUUCCACGGAAACAAAGCCAUCAGCAAUGGAAGUGGAAUCCUCGCAGACCGACACAAAACCGGAAGUUGCUUCUAGCGACGAGAAGAAACCCGAAGCCGCCUCCAGCGAAGAAACGAAACCCGCAGAUGCUAAUGCUACAAGCGAGGAAUCAAAAUCCGCAAAACCAACGGAAAAUAAGCGAAAGCAACUGCGAGGCAUUGGCGCAAGGAAGCGCUUCAAGUGGCUCCUGGAACAGGGCUACUCACAGGAUGAAGCCUUCGAAUUGGCUAAAAAGCGGCUGGAGAAGGGAGAACUACUCGACCGGUACCUUGCCGACAAGGGUAGGAAGCCAAUGAAUCCCAAAGUCAUUGAUGCCGAGGUUAAAAAGUUGAAUCCCGCUGAUAAGAAGCUCUACACUUAUCUGUUGCAGAGCGGUCAUAGCGAAGAAGAAGCCCUUCAGGCGCUCAAAAAGAAGCGAAAAACGACCGCCGCACCCAACCGUCAAGCGAAUAGUGGUGGUGGUGCACAGAACAAAAUGACCAAAUCCACUCCAAACGAUUCCUCCGGGAUAGUGAUGGUAGUCGCUGCCAAGGACUAUCCAGCGAAGACCCUCACUAACGCACAAUCAAACGAGGUUAAGGCAGCGAUCCUGAAGGAAGUGGUCCAGCAAAAGGACUCUGAAACGAAGCCACGGUUUGAGAGUUGCACCCACGUCAAAGCCGGUUAUCUGAGGGUCAACUGCAGCGAUGGCAACACUCGUCAGUGGCUUCACAAAAUCGUCGGAAAACUGACCGUACCGGAAGGCGUUCCGCUGAAGCUACUCUCUGAGAAAAAUUUGAUCAAAGGUGAUGUGUACACAGGCGUCUUUGCCGAUAGUAAGAAGGAGGACAACGCAGCAAUAUUGGAAUUCAUCAACAGCCAGAACGAUGGUCUGGAUACGUCGAAGUGGAAGGUCCUGUCUCGUAAAGAAGUUCCCAACAAACAGUCUGUGGAAAUGAUAUUCUCGGUAGACCAGGCGUCAAGCAAAACCAUCGCAACAUUGGAGAACGAGCUGAAUUACAAGUUCAACAAGGUGCAGCUCCGCAAGCAAGUCAAUCCUAACAAUCCACCCCAGCAAGCAAACAGAAAUAACGCCGGUAGAACCGGAGGACGCAUGGGACCUCCUCAGCGAAGAAUGCAGAAUCAAGUCAUGCCAAGACAGAUGAACUCGAUCGUACCAGUUUGGGACAACAACCAGAGGCAGCAGAACAACUUCAAUCAAUUUUCAAAUGGGAAUAACUUUGGCAAUGGUUUGAAUCUAUCCAGCAGCAAUGGAAACAACGGAUUUGGAAUGGCCAGCAACCUAUUUGGGGGUAACAACUUCUUCGGCAGUUCUUCAAACUCAAACGGAGGAUCGAACAAUUACGGAAAUAACCAACAGUACCGAGGAAACAACUCCUUUGGCAACUCCUCGCGCAACUCUUCCGGCAGAAGCGGUAACAACAGUAGCAUGCAGUCGAACACCAGAAAUCGCCCGUUCAAUUUGUCCGAAAGCCUGUACGAUCAACUGAAACUCAUCGGCAACAGUGUUGGCAAUGGCAAUGGAGGGGCAAACUACGGAUCGCCACAGCGACGCAAUGCGGGCGGUAGUGGGCAAAUGCGCCGAACUGGAGGUGGAGGCAAUAAUAAUAGUUCCCAGGGUGGUCGUAAUAGCGGAGGCAAUUCGAAUUCUUUCAAUCGAGGCAAUGUCAUGGGAAAGCGGAACUUUUUUACAACUACCAGGACAGGAUUCUUCUGAGGAAGAUCCGGCACUCGUAAACCUGCAAACAUAAAAAUGUAAUAUUCAUUAACAGCAAUUGAAAUACAAAUAAAACUUAACAAAUUGAAAACAAAA